AUGUUAGCUGCUAUUUCCUUUAAUUCAGCCAGGCGGGAUGAAUCAGUUUGGCAGCUGACAAAAACUUACUCAUCGUCUAUAAUGUUUAAACUCCUUAGCAUGAAGAUGGUGAAUUUGACUGGUCCUGCUGGAGGAACUGAAUUUAUCCGAAUGAUUUGGGCUUUUAAGCUUCCACCAAGAGUUCAAUUUUUUCAUUGGCUUGUUGCUCGAGAUAGUAUAUCAUGUAACGCAGUUUUGGCUCGGAGAGGAAUUAUAAUGGAGGUAAACAGUGGCUGCUUUCUUUGUUUGCAGGAGGAGACAACAGUUCAUAUUUUGCUGCAUUGUCACUUUGCUUGGCAAACGUGGUCUCGUCUUAUGCAUUUGAGCAAUAAUAUAUGGGUCUCUCCUUUCUCUUUAGAGAAUUUCUACAGACAAUGGUCUAGCUUAUGCAGGAAAAAAUACAGAAUCCUAUGGAAUACUAUUUGGUUCUUCAUAAAUUGGUCCCUUUGGAAAGCUAGAAACAAAAGGGUUUUCAAAUUCAAGACUACCCGAAUUGAUAGUAUCAUCUUGGAUAGUAUUAGCAAGGCUGUUCUUUAUUACAAGACUGCUCAUCCAAGCAAAAGAUCAGGACAUCAGACUCAGUUUGCCCUAAAACUGGACAUAAGCAAGGCAUAUGAUAGACUUGAAUGGAAAUUCCUUUGCCAAAUGUUGAAGGCCUGGGGUUUCAACCAGAUUUUCAUUAAUUGGGUAAUGGAGUGUGUGACUUCGGUGUCCUAUUCAGUCUUGAUUAAUGGAGAAUCUUGUGAUUUCUUUAGGCCCAGCAGGGGAUUAAGACAGGGGGAUCCCCUGUCCCCUCUCCUUUUUGUCUUAUGCUCAGAAGGCUUGGGUUUCAAGAUUAAGCAGGCAGUAGCUAGAAAUGUUAUCAAGGGAAUCAAGAUUGCCAAGGAGUGUCCGGUGAUCAGUCAUCUGUUCUUCGCAGAUGACUCCAUCAUCUUCUCCCAAGCAACUCAUCAAGAUGUGACUGGGCUAAUUUCUGUUAUUGAGGACUAUGGCAGGGCAAGUGGGCAGCUUAUAAAUUUCUCCAAGUCUGCUAUCUUUUUCAGUCAAAACACAGAUUUGAACACCAGGAGAACCUUGGCCAAUUUGUUGAAAGUUCAAAAUAUUGGUUCUGAAAGCUCAUAUCUAGGUCUCCCACCUUUUAUUUUGAGGUCCAAAAAAACUUCUUUCAAAGAUAUCAUAGAUAAAAUAGAGAGGAAGCUGUUGGGCUGGAAGGAAAAUUUACUCUCCAUGGCAGGCAAGGAAAUCCUUCUGAAAGCAGUGAUAGCAGCUAUUCCAGUGUACUCAAUGAUGUGUUUCAAAUUGCCUUUGUCUCUAUGCAAAAGAAUUAACAGUCUCAUGUCAAAGUUCUGGUGGGGUAGUACUCAACAAAAAAGGAAAAUGAGCUGGGUUGCCUGGCACAAAAUGUGUAAAAGUAAAUGGGAGGGAGGUCUAGGCUUCAAAGAUUUCAAUGCCUUUAAUCAAGCCUUACUUGCUAAGCAAGCUUGGAGAAUAGAGCAUAACCAACAAUCCCUUCUUUUCCGGAUUCUGAAAGGGAAAUAUUUUCCCAGCUCCUGCAUUUGGAAAGCCCCUAGAAAGCACAAUCCCUCAUGGGGAUGGAGAAGCCUGCAACAUGGUCUAAAGUUGCUUAACCUGGGUAGGCGGUGGCAAAUAUCCAGCGGCCUUCAGAUGGAAACUCUAUCAGAGCCCUGGAUCCCUUCUGCCUUCCCUUUCUCUCCUAGACUUAUCCCUGGUAUCAAUAGGGAGGAAGUUCCAGCUACAGUCCACGAGCUUAUUUGUCAACAAUCCCAUAGAUGGAAGGAAGAACUGCUUAAGUCCUUAUUUAUAGAGGAAGAUGUUGCUGCUAUUCUUUCUAUCCCUCUCCCCCUCUCAUCAGUUCCGGAUAGGCAAUGCUGGCAUCAUAACAGGUCGGGGCGUUUCUCAGUUAAAUCAGGGUACUACAUUGCUUUAAACAGUAAUCAAGAGUCCCAUAUGUCCCAAGUUUCAGAGAUCCCAAGAGUUAAAUGGCAAGCCCUUUGGAACUACCAAAUCCCAAACAAGCUCAAGAUUUUUCUUUGGAAAGUUCUUUCAAAUGGUAUUCCAACAGCCAAAAAUCUUAACGGCAGACUUCAAGGCAAUCUAGUGUGCCCCCGUUGUGGGAAGCAGGAGGACCGUUUACACCUCUUCUUCCUGUGUGACUUUGUUAGGAGAUUCUGGUUCUCAUCUCCGCUCUCCCUCCUAGUCAGAGAUGAUCAGUACAGCUCCUUCUCACAAGCAUGGAUUUGUCUUACCUCUCAGCUCCAGGAUUUGGAUGACUCCAGAGAAAGUGAAUUCCUUUUCUGCUUUUUCUUGUGGUCGAUUUGGAAAGCCAGAAAUUCUUUGAUUUUCAAAGAUCACAUCUGGUCAGUGGGGGACACUAUUGGGAAUGCUAGUACAUACAAGCAGGAGUUUGGGACUGCCAGUAUUAUCCAGUCUGAAGGAGCGGCUGAUUUCAGGAGGCCUCCCCCUAGUGAUGUUGUUUCUCCUCCUGGGACCCCUGUCUUGAAUCAGCACUGUUUGACAAUCCAAUAUGAUGCAGGUACGUGUGCAGCAGCUAGGUUUGGUUCAGUAGCUGGUGUGGCAAAAGACAGCAGUGGUCGUCGAGUGGGAAGUUUUUCAGCUAUCUUCAGGAAUAUCUGGGAUCCAGGGAUUCUGGAAUUCUUAGCGCUCAGAGAAGUGAUGAACUGGUGUAUUAGUAAGGCGUGGACAAAGGUUCAUUUUGAAGGAGAUGCCGCGCUGGUAUCCCAAUCUAUCAACUCGGGUAUUCCUCACUCGAGUGCUAGUUGGGGUAUCUGUAAUGAUAUUUGGCAUUUUAAAUCACUCUUCGAAGUCUGUACCUUUGCCCAUAUCCCCAGGAAGGACAACUCGGAAGCUCAUUCCCUUGCUCAAGAAGCAAAAGAUCAUUUCAUUUGGUUGUCUAGAGUUCGGAAUUGA